UAAAAGAUUUGAUUAGUGUUAUUGCACAAAUUAAACCUGCUUCCUUGAAAGACUUUUAAUUUGUCUUUGCUUCGAAGCAAUGAAAUCCUUAAAGCAGAGAGGAUGCAAGGCCUUAUGCUGCAGCAGUUGUAGGAGGCUUAGUGUGUCUUCCACAGAGGAAGCAGAGAGUUCAUCAGCCUCCGAUCGGUUUCCUUCCGUGUCGAGCGUCGCACACGCCAUGGUGCAAGAGAGACUUGACCAGUUGAUUAGGGAAAGGAGGAUGGAAGAGAGACAGAGGAGGCAGCAAAGCAGAGCCAGAGAAAGAGAAAGAACUAAGUUUGUUGUGAUGGUGGCAAUGGAGAAGUGCUCUUAUGAUCCAAGAGAAGAUUUUAGGGAGUCCAUGAUGGAGAUGAUAACAGCAAAUCGCAUCAAAGAAGCCAAAGAUCUUCGUAGCCUACUCAACUAUUAUAUCUCCAUGAACUCCAAUGAGUACCAUAGUCUUAUACUUGAGCUUUUUCAUGAGAUUUUUAGGUGAGUGUAAAUAAACAUU